AUGUCUGGCGGGAGAUUCCGGGAGCUAUUAAGAAAGUACGGGAAGGUGGCAUUAGGCGUGCAUUUUUCAGUCUCCGCCGCUUCAAUCACCGGCCUUUACAUCGCCAUCAAUAACAACGUAGACGUGGAAUCAAUUUUUGAAAAACUCGGCAUGCCCAGCCUCGGCAAGGAGCCGAAAGAAGAUGAAAAUCCUAAACAGCCCUCAUUGAACACCGAAAUUACAACUGUUGAUACUGAUGCCUCCUCCGACGGGUUCAUAAUGGAACUACCGGUAAAGAAUGAUGUGAAAAAGGAGAGAAAUCGGACUACUGAGCUGGUGGCUUCAAGCGGUGGGGCUUUGGCGCUUGCGGUUUUGCUGAAUAAGGCUCUGUUUCCGGUUCGGGUUCCGAUUACUUUUGCACUUACGCCUCCUGUUGCGAGGUUUCUUGCCCGCAGGAAUAUUAUCAAGAACAAUGUAUGA